ACCAGGCGUAUUUAAAACUCAUUAAAAAGGCAAAAAAAGACCUCGGGGACAAAGAAAUUCCGGAGUGUUUAUUUCACUUUGAGGUCAACGAGCAGAAAACGAUGAGAAAGAGAAAGAGGAAAGAAACGGAGAAAGCAAAAGACAAGUCCCAAAAAGAGAAAGAUCAGUAAGGAGAAAGUGACAUAAAAAAAAAACCGUCACUGAAACUGAGAUAAAUAAAAUUAUUUUAGCAGCUCAGUUUGAGGACAGUGGUAGUGAUGAUGAACACUCUCAUACUAGGAGAGACACACCUACCUUAACAUCAACACCCGCGCACCCAAACACACAGUGCCAAGGCAGGACAAACACACCUCACCUAAUACCCGUACAUCCAGACACACCUCACCUAACACCCGUACAUCCAGACUCACCUCACCUAACACCCGUACAUCCAGACACACCUCACCUAACAUCCGUACAUCCAGACACACCUCACCUAACACCCGUACAUCCAGACACACAGAGGUCGAAACAAAUAGGCCAAAAUUUUAUAUCGCCUUAUGAUACACAGCACCUACAUUACACACCUUUGCGGAAAAAAACAACCACCAAGCCUCUGCCUUGUCAUAAAUAUGGGUCAAUGUACGACACGCCCCCCAUCCGACUACCUCGUAUUGAACUAAAUCCAUCAGCACAUUUUACCACAAGCAGGCCAUCAUCUCCUUUGGGAAUGACAGCAUUGUCCACGACAUGGUCAAUGUGUACGUCUGCAAUGGACAAUGUCAUACCGGUAACUGACCAUCACAAUGUUCAGCCACCACAGACUUCACAAGCUUCAAGUAAUAGGACACUCCCAGCUCCAAGUCCGGAGGUAUUAGAUGUACUACGCGGACUAAUGCGACCAGAUGUACAGUGUUACCUAACAAAAUUAGUCGAAGCAUUUACAGACGGACAACCGGAUAACACAGCCUUCCGGGUAAACAAGACACGACGACCUCUCUAUAUUGACCAGCACAUCAGCAACGAAACUCAAGAACAUUUAGAUACUCUUCCGCAGGACUCCGCCCCACAGAUGGUGUGUAACCUACAAGUUGAUGCAAAAAUUAUUGUCAGUGAAAAUCAAAGUGCCUAUCACUUACUUUAUGAAAUUUGAUACAAUUACUGUGUAAUUACAAUUAGUUUGCACUUGGUUUUUCAACAACUUGAAAUAUUGUUUAGCAAAUUAACCAAUAUUUAGAUAGUUAGAAUAAUUAUAAGAACCUCGAUCUUUCUUCUCAGGUCAACAUGAAUGACAGUA